AUGAUCAAACCUGUUGACCCCUUUCACUCAAAGAGGCUGCUCUACAGGGCCAUUGAGGACAAUGCGGAUGACGAGAACUUCAUCUACGAGGUACAGCGUGACGCAGAAGCGCAGUCGGGCUCGCAGUUCUCUAUCUUAACACCGGAAAGCAAGAAAACAAGCAACAGAUUCAAGCAAUACCUCCUCGAGCAGCCGUUACUCGCCGUCAUAUUCUGCCUGCCCUCGGACGUAUCAAGGCCAGACGGACAGGCGCCGACGCCAGUCGGUAUCAUUUCUCUCCGGGGCCUGACUCCCACCUCUGCGCAGCACAGGUACAGCUACAUCAGCAUCGACGUGCUACGGCCUUAUAGAGGCCAAGGUUACGGUAGCGAAGCUAUUGAGUGGAUAUUAGGUUAUGGGUUCCAGAUGGCGAAUCUGCAUCGCAUCGGCAUAGAGACAUUCAGCUAUAACACCGGGGCAAUGAAGUUAUAUGAAAAGCUCGGUUUCCAGCCCGAAGGUUGCAGAAGGGAGGAGGUAUGGUUCGAUGGUGGUUGGCACGACCAUAUCACUUUCGGCAUGCUCGAGAAUGAAUGGAGAGAGAAGAUGCAAAAGGAACAGAAGGGUUGGAGGGUGUGA